AUGUUCAUCAAUAUGAGGAAAUCAUGGUUCUGGCUUUCUCUUCUUAGCCUCUUCUUCUCUUUACACUUAUAUCAUUCUCUUGCAGCUUUAACAACCAUCUCAACAAACCAAUCUCUCUCUGGUGACCAAACUCUUAUCUCUAAAGGAGGAAUCUUUGAAUUGGGUUUCUUCAAACCAGGUAAUAGUUCCUCUAAAUACUACAUAGGAAUAUGGUACAAAAAGGUUAGCCAACAAACAAUUGUGUGGGUAGCCAACAGAGACAAUCCUGUCUCUGAUAAAAACACUGCAACCUUAAAAAUCUCAGAUGGUAAUUUAGUUCUAUUAGACCAGUCUUCAAAACAAGUUUGGUCAACAAACAUGAGUUUUCCUCAGUCAGAUUCUGUUGUAGCUAUUCUUCUAGAUACUGGAAAUCUUGUUUUGAGAAAUAGGCCUAAUGAUGAUGCGUCAGAUCCUCUAUGGCAGAGUUUUGAUCAUCCAGCAGAUACAUGGCUUCCUGGUGGCAAAAUUAGGCUAGACAAUAUAACAAAGAAGCCUCAGUAUCUGACUUCAUGGAAGAAUAAGGAAGAUCCCGCGACGGGUCUUUUCUCUUUGGAACUAGACCCGAAAGGAACAAGUGCGUAUUUGAUUCUUUGGAAUAAGUCUGAAGAGUAUUGGACAAGUGGAGCUUGGAAUGGACAUAUUUUUAGUCUGGUUCCUGAGAUGAGGUUGAAUUAUAUCUACAAUUUUUCGUUUGUGACAAACAAGAAUGAGAGCUAUUUCACUUACUCCGUGUAUAACCCUUCCAUUAUAUCGCGGUUUGUGAUGGACAUAUCCGGGCAGAUCAAGCAAUUAUCAUGGUUGGAGAAUAUCAAAGAGUGGAACCUGUUUUGGUCGCAGCCAAGAGCACAGUGUGAUGUUUAUGCUUUCUGCGGUGCGUUUGGAACCUGUACUGAGAUUUCGAAGCCGUAUUGUAAUUGCUUGAGUGGAUUCGAGCCAAAGUCACAGUCUGAUUGGGAUCUGGAGGAUCACUCAGGCGGAUGUAUGAGAAAAACAAGGUUGCAAUGCGAGAGUUCGGAUCGCUCUAAUGGGGUAAAGGACAGGUUCCGUCCAAUCCCCAACAUGGCAUUGCCUAAACAUGCGCAAUCUGUGAGAUCGGGGAACGCAGAAGAAUGUGAAUCCAUAUGCUUGAACAACUGUUCUUGUUCUGCUUAUUCAUAUGACAGUAAUGGAUGUUCGGUUUGGAUUAAAGACCUACUGAAUCUGCAACAGAUUUCUUCAGAUGACAGCAGUGGAAAAACUUUGUAUCUAAAACUCGCAGCAUCAGAAUUUAGUGAUGCUAAAAACAGUAACAGGUUGAUCAUCGGUAUUGUAAUAGGCGCGGUAGUUGGCAUAGGUCUUCUCUUGGCCCUUCUUCUGUUUUUCGUGUUUAGGCGAAGAAAGCGAACAGUUGGAACAGGUAAGCCUGUGGAGGGUUCGUUGGUGGCAUUUGGUUAUAGAGAUAUGCAAAAUGCGACGAAGAAUUUCUCUGAGAAAUUAGGAGGAGGUGGAUUCGGUUCAGUUUUCAAAGGAACAUUAGCCGAUUCAAGUUUAGUGGCAGUGAAGAAGUUGGAAAGUGUUAGCCAAGGAGAGAAGCAGUUCAGAACAGAAGUGAGUACAAUAGGGACAGUGCAACAUGUUAACCUUGUUCGUCUCCGUGGAUUCUGUUCGGAAGGUACUAAGCGGAUGCUGGUUUAUGAUUACAUGCCAAAUGGUUCAUUGGAUUUCCAUUUAUUCAUGAAGAAGGAUACUUCUGAGGUUUUGAGCUGGAAAAUGAGAUACCAAAUAGCUCUUGGAAUUGCAAGGGGAUUGACUUACCUCCACGAAAAGUGCCGAGACUGCAUCAUACACUGCGAUGUAAAGCCGGAAAACAUUCUCUUAGAUACAGAUUUUUGUCCGAAAGUCGCGGACUUUGGCCUAGCUAAGCUAGUUGGGCGAGAUUUUAGCAGGGUCCUAACAACCAUGAGAGGAACAAGAGGCUACCUUGCGCCAGAGUGGAUUUCAGGGGUGGCUAUUACAGCGAAAGCCGAUGUUUACAGCUACGGAAUGAUGCUUUUCGAGGUUGUAUCAGGUAGGAGAAACUCUGAGGCAUCGGUAGACGGUCAAGUUACUUUCUUUCCUACCUUAGCUGCAAAAGUAGUCAUUGAAGGUGGCAGUGCGAUCACCCUUUUGGAUCCUAGAUUGGAGGGAAACGGGGACGUUGAAGAAGUUGCGCGAAUAAUAAAAGUGGCUUCUUGGUGUGUCCAAGAUAAUGAAAAUGAAAGGCCAACAAUGGGUCAGGUAGUUCAAAUUCUUGAAGGGAUUUUGGAAGUGAACCUGCCUCCGAUUCCAAGAUCCCUUCAAAUGUUUGUUGAUAAUCAUGAGGACAUGGUUUUCUACACCGAUUCUAGCUCAACUCAAAGUUCACAGGUUAAGAGUAACAUCUCAACAAGCUCUCAAGUCAAAAGCAAUAUCUCAUCAGUUAGCUCUAAUUUAUCAGCAGAAAUUUAG